CAAAAAGUCUAUUAUAACAACAGUGAGAUCACAGAGGAGCUGCUGAAAAAUGAAUUAUUUCCCGAGAUGUCUCAGGAGGAGUUCAAGGCUUUGCAUGAGAAAAUGAAGGGCCUCUUAAAGUCCAUUGCAUCAGCAGACAUGGACCAUGCCCAGCUGGAGGCCUUCCUCACAGCUCAGACCAAGAAGCAGGGUGGAGUGAGCGCUGAACAGGCCGCUGCCCUCUCUCGUUUCUGGAAGAGCCAGCGAGUCCGGGUGAGGGAGAGCUUGCUGGCUCAGAGCUGCUGGGAGACUGGACUCAGGGGCCUCUCCUGGAGGGUGGACCUCCAGACCGCAGCCAGCCGGGGGGACGUAGCCUACAGUGGCCCGGUCGCCCUGAUGGAGCUGGAGCUGGGCAGGGCCGGACAGGAGUCAGAGUUUGUGUGUCUGGAGUUUGAUGAAGCUGGAGUCAGCCAGGUGUUGAAGAAGAUGGCUGACAUCCAAGAGAGCGUCGACAGGAUUGUUCACCGCACCUAAAACUCUGCACGAGAGUUUAUCUGAGACAGCAGGGAAGCAGUGAGAGUGAGUGUGGCUGAUAGACCAGCACCCUCUGAGUGACUCAGACUGCCUCUUCCUGCAAAUGGGUGUUGUCUCUUUGGUCCUGUCGGAGCUGUUUUAUAUCGUUCAAGAGCAUCACACAGGAAUGGGAGUUGUUCACACUUGUAUGUGCCAGAAUGGAUCAAAUGCAGCUUGCGCACCUGCCUGCAGACUCAUAAAAGACAUACUGUACAUGAUCUAUGAGCCAUCUAUGAUCUAUGAUCUAUCUAUAUCUAUCUAUAUAUAUACAUGCAUUUCAAGAUUUGACAAAAUAUUUUUUCACAAGCUUCAUUUAGAAACACUCACCUAUGAUUCUGAAGCAACUGACCAACAGUGUUUUUACAUUCUAAACCUGUCAGAAUUCAAAGUUCUGGGCUGUUGUACAGUUUUCAGGCUCUGACAGGGUGAAGGUUCCUCUCUGACCACAGAGGUGGAAAAUGCAGCACUGCCUUUUUGAGAAGAAAAGGGGCAAUGAGACUGUUGAACUGGUGCAGGCCGUUUGCAGCUAAGUGGUUUAAAUGACCAGUUUUAAGAAAGGAUGUUUGUGUGAUGUUACGAAGAAAAACAAACAAAAAUCUUUAACAAUUAUGACAAAGAUGUUAUAACUGUUCUGGCUGGAUGUAAAUGAAUACUGAAGAUGGGUUGAUUACAUUUAAAGACAUGGACAUUAAGAAGGGGUCCCGCUCUGUGUUGGAAGUGUUUUAAGUUGUGCUGUUUGUGUGAAAAUCUACUUGGAAAACACUUUCAGCAUUGAAAUUUGUACAAAUAAUGAGCUUCAAUCCAAACACCUGUAAUGCCUUGCUUCACACCAGGCUAAUGCAAGCAUAUGGCAAACAAGCUAGCAUAACAGUAGCAUAACAUGUUCCUGUUAGCAUGUUAAAUUUAUAUUCAGCUAUUUGGACAUGCUAACUCUAAUAUUAGUGUUUGUCAGGGAACAUAAUCCACCACAGAUUGUGUUAUGCUAUGAUAGUAACUACUGCUAACAUUAGCGUGCACCCAGGCUAAAUGUUAGCUUGUCGCUCAAAUAAUCAAUCACAUUUAAAUCACUACAACUGUCUGUACUGCAGCAGAUUAAUUCCAUGAACAAUACAAACCUGCCCAGGAUAUUUUCAAAAUGUUAGCAUGCUAGCAAGCUAAAGCGUUUAGUUCACAGCACAGGAGAGCAUAAGCACAGCUGCGAAUGUCCAGGUUAGCCUGAUAAAAGGUGACUGACCUGUUGUUCCUAUUAACAGGUAUUGGAUUGAAGACGGCAGAUUGUCCUGUCUCUUUAAGACAGUGAUGUCAAACAUCAGACGGAGCCCACCUGGUGUCAGGCAGGUGCACAUACGGUAUUUUAAAGUCUUAAUGUCCUGUGAGAGACAUAAUGCUCCCAGUAAAAUCUCCACAACUGUCCACUGGGAUAAAUUGUUUUGGUUAAAUUCAAAUUAAUGUGCUUUUUGAUGAAUGGGCAAGGCAACAGUGUGGUGGGUAGAGCAGUCGUCUCCCAACCGGAAGGUUGAAGGUUCGAAUCUUGGUGCCUGCAG